UAUAUGAAUAUGUAUAGAGGAAAUAACAUUGUACUACAUCAUUAGCAUCUGAGUGAAAAUGUACUAACAAUAGUACUGGCUAGCUCUUACUGAAUUCAUUAUGUGUAUGUAUUGUUUAAUAUGACUAUAAAUACCUAAUUCAAACAAUUUUUCAAGCCUUUUUACAUUCUUUAUUAUUCAUGCCAUGGAGACUUGGAGAGAGCUUAUUGAAGCAAAUUCUUUUUUUUUUUCUCUUCUUCUUCUUCUUCCUCCUCCUCUCACUCUCUCAAUGAACAAAGUGCAUAUUGUGUUUGAAGUUGCAGUCCUAGUAAGAAUGUUUCUUGUUUUUGUCUUGGCCAAUAUUUAUAUGUGAUGCUUUCUUCUGUCUUCUUGCCUCUCUUUAUUUACUCUUACCACUGUAAGUUUCAAGGUCUUUUUAGUCUCCUCCAUUUGCUCCUAUUUGAUGGAGAAAAAAAGAAAAAGAAAGAAAAUAACCUUUACAUCACUUGCAUCUUUAUGAUCUAUUUUUAAAUCUCCAUCUCAAAGUAAGAUACAUCUGAAUCUUCUUUGGAACUUCUUGCCUUAGGGCAUGGCUAAAGCUUUCUUUUCCUCUUUUUCUUUUUGGUUUUUUCUCUGUGUAUGAAUUUAUAUCAAUUAAUUUCUCAAUUUCUAAAACUUGGUUGGCCUACAUAAGUACUUGGCAAUAUUUUUGUUUGUCAAGUACUUGGAAUUAUUGGCCUGGGCUUUAUUUUGUAUGCAAUUUCAUGGCUUUCUUUCUUCUUUCAGUAAAAAUAGAUCUUGGUUUUUUGUUUUAGACUGGGAAUUAUUGUUUUACUAUUUUAUCAAUUGGGAUUAAUUCAUUUUCAAGGGUAAAAGUCUAUAGUCUUCCAGAAACCAUUCACACCUUAAUUUAGUGAUAAUUUGUUUGUUUUUCUUUUCCAAAAAAGUUGGGCACCACCAACCUUAGCUAGGCCAAGGAAAUGGAUAUAAACCUAACUAUACCUUCAGCUUUCUCCUUCCAGAUUUUCUUUAAUUCUCUGAGAAAAAAGCUAAUUUGAAUACAAAUGAUUUCUUUUUUUUACAAUUUUGCCCCUCUCCUUAAUUUUCAUUUAUACAUAUUAAAUUUUAAAACAAUUAUUUAAUAUAUUCCAAAUUUACAUUCCACUGAAAUUCAUAACACAUAAAUUAUUUUUAUUACUAUCGACAUUUGCAUUUUAAUAGUUGAAAAAUAUUUUAUUUAAUGCACAAUCGUGCUGCUAAUGUGUGGCCAUGUGCAUGCGUCUCCACAAAAAUAUGUGUACUGGUGCUUGUUUAGCCAAUGUACUAGCAAUUAGCCACUGUACUACAAGCGAUAACCUAGAAAACUAAUUAUGCAUAUUUUAUUUUAUCCAAAUUAAGUUAAAUUAAAAUACAUAAUUUAAUAAUUUAAAGGGAUAAACGUAUAAAUAUAUAUAUUUUUUUUAUUUUCAAAUUAAUGAGGAAAGCCAUUACAUCAUGUGUAUGCCACUCAACUCUUCCCACUUCAAUAUUCAGACAUUGACUUUGUGCAGAUUAGAGUUUGAAGAUGAUUGAUGUGAGGUACUAUGUUUUUUUUUUUUCUUUCCUUUGACCCAUCUCUGCUUCUCCUUCUUGUUUUUUCUUGUUUCUUUGAUAAUGGAUGGAUAUGGCUAUGGUGUAUUAAUGUAUUAGGUGCAGUGCUGCUAGCCUCACUACAGAAUAAUAAUGUUCUCUUUUCUUGGCUGUACAGAACCCUUCACAAUUCUAAAUCUCCCAAAUAAUUUAAAUGAUUCAGGUAGCCUCACUUCUUUGCCUUCUCUUUCACCACAAAUUUGUAAGAAGUGCUUAGAAAGUUCAAUUAGGGUUUUUAUAGGAUAACCAUCCUGGUGCUGUAAAAUAUAAGUGCACUGAAUUCUUUGUGUUGAUUUUAUAAUUACUUGGAAUUCAAUUCAUAGGCCAGACACUUUUUGCAAAUUAUUUGAGGCAAUAGUCCACAAGCAAUUAAUUUAUAUGUUCAUGUCGUCUCCACCUUCUGACAAUCUUCACCUUGUAAAUCACAAUUUCUCCAACCCUCUUGAAACUUCAGAUACUUUAUGGCAAUGCCUACAAGAGAAUAACAUGUUAUCAUUACCUAUUGAGGAUCAUAACUCAAUUGGCAGCUUCAAUUGUCGGUGGCCAUUUUCCCAGGAAAGCAGCAUAUCAUCACAUGCUGCUGAAUUUACUAGAAAUGUUAGUGAGUGGGAUACUGAUCUUCUACUUGGGGAAGAAUUUUCAGGUUCGGCCAUGUCGAGUAUCAAUGAAGGGAUUCCAGGAAACAUACUCCACUAUCAAAAAGAUAGAAAUUUCUUCAACAACCUUCAAGUUCCCAAUGAUCCCUGGCCUUCUCUCGGAGAAGGAACUGUGGGUGAUUUGGAUCCAAACAUGCCUCUUGAGCAAGAAAAGUUUUCACUAGCCAAGGCUAGAAGUGAUGAAGAACUAAUUGAAAGCACAGUACUCAAUGACUGCCAAGAUAACAAUACUUCACUACCCUUGGAUAAGGAUAAUCUAAGAGGUACUGUGAUGGAUACUAGUGCUAUUGGUGACCAAGAAAAUACUUCAUUGGAUAAAUCCAACAAAGAAAAAGGACUACGAGGCAAAAGGGUCAUCAAGAAAAAGGAGAUAAAGCAUAGAUUCAGACGUAUACUGACUGAGAAGUUGAUGGUACAACCCAAUGCAGAAGAAGGUUCAACAUCAAAGAAGCAACAGCAUAAUGCUAAGGAAAAAGUAAGAAGGAUGAAACUAAAUGCAUCAUACUUGGCUCUUGGCUCACUGCUCUCAAAUUCUAGAAGAUCAAAGAAGAGAUGGACAGCUCCAGUUAUCGUUGACAAAGUUCUUGAAUACAUUCCAGAGCUACAGAGUGAAAUAGAGGAGUUAAUUCUGAAGAAGAAUUCAAUGGUAUCAAAGAUUAAGAACGAGCAAGCUAUUCAACACAAUGCAUCUGUAGAACUUCAAGCUCCCACAGUUUCAGUACAUGAAGUUAAACACGGAGAAUUAAUCAUACAAAUAUGCAUGCAAACUGAUCAGGACAAGGGUUUGUCAAUUCUAAUGCAGAAUUUAGAAGCAGAAAGCAUGGUUAUUUCAAGUGCUUCAUCUAUUGGGGUUUGUGAUGACAGGAUCUGCUAUCAUGUACAUAUACAGUUUUGGCAGAUGAAUGGAAAUCCUCUUGCGGCUGACUAUGUAGCAUUAAGGAAGAAACUAAUUUCGUGGUUGAAAAACGAUUCCUAAUCCAAUCGACUGGUAUCAGGAUUAUUAAAUCACCUAUCAGCAAUGGCCUUUGGUGUCUAGAUUACAUUUGCAUAUGAAGUCUGAUCAGCACUACUAUCACAAGUUAAAACACAUUAUAAUUUUGGCUUAGUUUGGAGCUCUGAUGUUUUGGUGCAUGAUCACUUUUUAAUAACAGGAAGAUCGGUGUGCCUCACUAUUGACCUUAUUAGUUACAGUAGUUUUAUCUUGAAGCGGUUACCGAAUUUUAUAUUUUGUAAUAAAAAAAUGUUAAACUUGAGAUUUGUAACUAAGCAACUAUUUAACUUUAAUUUUAAUAAUAUUUGUAAAUUUUCUGGCUA